AUGGGCAACUCCGAUGUUUUGCCAGUACUGCGGCCACUACGUCCCGGCCAUUCAGAAGUCCAAAGAAAAUCUGCCAAUUGCCAAACAAGCACUUGGAGUUACGAUUUUGUGCAGUCCUUAAGGAAUGAUUAUUAUGUACUGGAUCAUCAUGAACUACAAAAUAAGGUGAAGAAGGUGGUGGACGAAGACGUGAGGAGUAUGAUCAAUAAUAAUGAAAAUCCAGACUUAUUGGCAAAACUCGAACUGAUUGAUGAGGUUCAACGAUUAGGCUUGGGUUACCGCUUUGAGAAGGAGAUAACAAGAGCUCUCGACAACGGCGUCUUAGCAUCUAAUUCAAAAGGAUAUAAUGAAAGAAUUGUGAAGAGUCUCCAUGCGACUGCUCUCAGCUUUAGGCUCCUCAGGCAACGUGGCAGUGACGUCUCUCAAGACGAAAAAAGCAAUUUCAAGGAAUCAUGCCUUGGAAGGGAUGUCAAAGGAAUGUUGAGUCUAUACGAAGCUUCGUAUCUGGGUUUUGAAGGAGAAAACCUCUUGGAUGAGGCCAUGAAAUUCGCAAGAGUGGGUCUCGAGGACUUCAAAAUCCAUGUAAGUAAAAGCGUGGCAGAGCAGAUUCAGCAUGCAUUGGAGGUUCCACUGCACCAUAGAAUGCAAAGACUGGAAGCUUGCCUUGGACCAGAUUAUGACUCAUUUGUCACAUCUGUUACCACUAGAGUUGAACCUCUAUCAAUUGAAGACCUUUACGGUCAUCUCCUAGCUUAUGAAAAGUGA